CAAUUACAAGUUCUAAUACGAAAAAUGUAAUCGGUGUAACUUUAUUCCGCUAGCAAAGUUUGUAUUAUUUUUGCCCAUUAAUAUUUGUUCUAUUAAAGGAAAAAUAUUGAUUGUGUAAUAUUGAGUGUAGUUGGCCCGAUUCGUGUAUGUUCAAAUAAGAACUAAUUCCGUGUAGCUCUCUAAUUAGUAUUGAAAAGUUUCUACUCAGUAACAAAGGAAAUACGAAAUGUAGAAACAAGUGAGAACAGUGCAGAUGGAAUAAAAGUGCAAAGGGUAAACAGAAGAAAGAAAAUGAAUAGCAAUUAAAAUGAACCAUACAAAGGCCGAAUCAAGACGUAUAAAAAAUUAGCAGUGGAGAAAUAUGAAAUAAAUGUAAAUUGACUUUUUUUUGCUUCGCAAUAUUUGCAUCAAUUUGCAUUGAUUCUUGUGAAAAUAGUAUGUGCUUGUGCACAUGCAGUAUAUUAAAAGAUUAAAAACAAAAACUAAAAUACGUAAAUAAAUUGGAGUGAUUUCUUGACUAAUAUAAGAGUGCAGUUGCAUAAAAACCUGAAGCCGUAACGCUGACGUCAAUAUAGGCAACAAAUAGUAACGCAAAUAAGUUGCGUUAAAGAUUCUUGAGCAGAUUGUGUAAACAUUAUUUUAGUUAAAUGGAAGUAUCGGAUGGAUCACCACCUCCUUCAUUGUGCAUUGUACGAGCCGCUGAAUUUUUCCCAAAAUCAGAAAUGGAGAAGGAAGAUACACAGUUGACAGUUCCCUUUCAAGAACUUGCUGGAGAAUCUGUCAAAUAUCUGGGUCGUACUGACGAUGGUGUAUUGGCGCUCUCUACAUACCGCAUAUUUAUGCUUAAAAACUCUACCAACUCAGAGACAUCCGUGCCGCUGGGACUGAUCGAGAGUGUACAAACACGUGACCUGUUUCAAUUAAUUAUAAAUUGCAAGGACGCUAGUACAGUUAAAUGUUCCUUUGAAACAGCUGAGCAGUGCGCCGAAUGGCAGCGACGUAUUCAGUUGUCUGUGGGUGUGCCGGAAACAUUAGAAUCACUUUUCGCAUUUCCUUUCCACUCAUAUAUGUGUGAUGCGAUUAGCAUACAGAAUGGCGAUGUUGUUGGCAGAUUAGCCGAUGGAGGCGUCAUUGACAAUUCUACCGAGUACCUGGAACGCCUACAACGUGCCUCCCGCGAUGACGAAGACUUUAUGCGCGAAGUCGAACGACUCGGUUUCGAUUUAAAUGGCGCGUGGCGUAUUUCCAAAGCGAAUGAAGAGUUCAAAUUGUGUCCUUCGUAUCCGCAAAAAUUGCUGGUCCCGGGUUGCAUAUCGGACGAAAUGCUCAAUGAAGUGUCGAACUUUCGUGGUUCGCGGCGUCUGCCAGCCGUGGUGUGGCGUCAUCGGAAAUCGGGCGCAGUGAUUGCGCGUUGUAGUCAACCAGAGGUCGGCUGGUUUGGUUGGCGCAGUACCAAAGACGAACAACUACUCAAAGCUUUGGCCGAUGCUUGUGCCUUUGACAGAGGCGAGCAGAUGCGCCGUCUAAUGCAGUCCACCAAUCCUGGGCUAUCGAUGACUUCCGGCGAGAAUUCACCCUCAAGCGGUGAGAACAGCCAUGAGGAAGUUGCGCUGGACGAAGUGCGGAAAAUUCUCAUUGUAGAUGCGCGUAGCUACGCAUCCGCUGUAACGAAUCGGGCACGCGGUGGUGGUUGCGAAUGCAUUGAAUAUUAUCCGUGUGCGGAAAUUGAAUUUAUGAAUCUGGGUAACAUACACGUCAUACGAAGGAGUUUCCAUGCGCUCAGACAACUGUGCGCUUCCCCACCAGAUUGUCCCAAUUGGUUAGGCUUACUCGAGAAGACGAUGUGGCUGCAACAUCUCUCUGGAUUAUUGGCUGCUACCGUAACCGUAUGUCACGCCAUCGAGAAGAAAGGGCGGCCAGUAUUGGUACACUGCUCGGAUGGGUGGGAUCGCACGCCACAAAUCGUGGCCACAGCAGAACUGUGUUUGGACCCUUUCUACCGCACUGUAGAGGGUUUCCGCGUAUUAGUUGAACGUGAAUGGCUAAGUUUUGGCCACAAAUAUUCUGAUCGCUGUGGUCAUGGGCCCGGUUCUGAUGAGCUAAAUGAAAGAUGUCCUGUUUUUUUACAAUGGCUGGAUUUGGUGCAUCAAAUACACAAACAAUUCCCAUGCAGUUUUGAAUUCAACAUGGCUUACUUGAUAAAAUUAGCACAACAUUCGCAUUCAUGUCUAUUUGGUACCUUUCUGUGCAACACCUACAAGGAGCGAUUGGAAAAGUCAGUAUUUGAGCGUACAUACUCAGUAUGGCCUUUUCUCUCAGGGCCAAUGUAUAAAAAUCCACUAUACUUACAAAACAGAGAUGCGGUAAUUUGGCCUGCGCAUCAUGUAAGAGACUUAUACCUAUGGACUGAUGUUUAUUUAGGCAGCUUGGGUAAUCAAAAUAGCAUUGAUUUUCCUAAUAAUAGUAACGAAAGUGUGCAGGGAUCGAUCAGUCCUAUGACAAAAACACGUUCAUAUGGUGAUUUAAUCUCAGCGAACAUUAUGCAAAGUGGAAUAUCACGUCGUUCGAGCGACCCAAACAUGACUGUGGAACCGAACUUAACUUUGGCUACGAAUUCGGAAAACAACUCCAUUGCGGAUACGCAGUCCGAACGUGAAGAUUCGCCAGACAACGUAAAUGAUACAAUACAAAAAAUACAAAAUCUCACCAUGCAACUAAAUAACCAGGACAAGGUAAACUACUUUAACGGUGGAAAACCUACAGACGAAUUGUCAAAGGAAGAACGAAAAGAAUUGAACGAUAAUGUAACGGACGUUGAAAAUGCUAUUGAAGACAUAUUUCAGCACGAUAAAUCUAAAAACUGCAACGAUAUGUUGUCAAUGGGUUCAAACAGUGCUCCAUUUGAGGAGGAGCCCGAGUCAAACGUUUUUAAUUCAAACGAAAUUGACAUUACGCAUAAAAUAACUGGUGUUCAAAAUACUACUUAUAACGGCACUGAGGUGGAUGGUGUGAGUCAGAAUGAGAAUGUGAAUGCUGCUUUGGUGGCCACAGAAAUUAGAGAUUCGGGAGGUGGUAACAAAUUAGAUAUGUACAAGAAGUGCAUGAACGAGGAUCUGAUGUUGAGCGUCAAUUUAGGUGAUGUAAGCUACGAUGUUGACGGUACUGCUACAAGGGAAGCAGAUGAGCGACAGAGCAUUUGGUAUGGCUCGAUCAAUACCAGCACAGAUACCUUAGUGCCGAUAGAGAGAAGGCAAAAUAAUGAUUGUAGCGAAAUUAAAACAUUUGCCACGAAAGAAAUUGAUGUUGCCGAUGGUUUUGGUUCGCCAGAAAGAUUGUCCACAACGUCUGACAAAACGGAACUUGGCUUAACCUCCCCAUAUGUUUUAUUGAAACAAGAGCGCAAAACUUCAUCAACCUGUAAUACCAAUGGAAAUAGCAUUGGCGUCAAUGGCGUGCAAAACAGUAUUUUACCAAAAGUUCACGGCGUCAGUAGCACCUCGAAUCGUUCAAAUAUCUUGUCAACUUCAUCUAGUAAUGCCUCCGUCUCUUCUACAUCGUCUUCACUCAAUAAUUUAAAUAAUAUUAGAAACAGCAACAAUAGCCUCGCAACAACUACGACCACUCCAGAUAGGAAUUGUGACAAUAAAAGCGGGAAUGAAGCUGAUAGCGAUGACCCCGGCAUCGAUGACGACGAUGCUGCUGAUCCAUUUCCAAAUACUCAUGCGCAUUCCAGCGAUUCCAUGAAUGAAAGCAUCAUCAUUUUGCCAGAGCAUCGAAAAUUGGAAAUAUCUGUAAGUGGCAAAUGCCAGACAAUCUCGAAUAACGGGGUAUCAUUGCCGACGACACCAACUGGUUUUGCAACUAUGACGAGUGCAGGUGGUAGGGGUGGUGGUCAUGGGGAGAUCGGUACGGUAGGUGGUGCAGCCACACAACGUCGACGACGCACUUCAUCGUCAAACUCCAAUCCAAAUCGCUACUUUGAUGGCAUUAACAUAAAACUAGCCAAUGGAAGCACAACACGGUUUUCUCUGCCUGGUGCCCGAUCUUUGCCAAUGACACCGCCCGCACAACAGGAACGACCACAAAUUACAAUUUCCUGUCCAGACGGAUUGGCGCAUGCGCUGAGUGAACAAAAUCUGCGACUACAACAAAUUGUGCUUGAACACAAGGUGCGUGAGGAUGUAUUGUUGCGCGAAAUUCAUGACAUGCGUAUGGCAUUACUUAAGAAAAUAUGUCCUAGCUGUAACGUUGCACAAACAAACGCCAACGAUGAGCAGGUAGAUGAGCUGUUAGUUAGCAGACGUAAAAUAUUUGAACGUACCAGAUGCCAACUCUUAAAUGCUAGAUCGUGUAAGAAGUGCAAACUACUGCAACAACAGCAAAUGCGACAACAACGACCCCACAAGCUACAUCAUCGUUUGCAACGUUACAACACCACGCUCGAUCACCAUUAUCGACUGCUCUCCCGUUAUCGUUAUUGUCAUUGCCAUUGCCAAAACAGUUACAACCAGCGUAGACGCCAUCACAGUUUCAGUUGUAGCCUUUGCUAUAGCAACGAAGAUGAUUUGCUGACUGACGACGAUAAUGACGUCGCAGUGACGACACUAAUUCGCAAUUGUAGUUGCGAUUGCGGUGAUAGCAAUAGUUCCUUGUCGGCGUGUUCAGCUAUGGAUAAUAUUGAGAAUGCUUCGAUAUGCUCUUGGGAGGCAGUUGAAGAUCGCAGUGCUCCCUCUUCUAGCGCUAGUUCCUCCAUACAACAACCAAGCACCACAAGUGUCCUCUGGGUCCCCGAUCAUGCUGUGAAACGCUGCACCAGCUGUCAAGUCGAAUUCUGGAUAGGCCGACGAAGACAUCAUUGCCGUUCGUGUGGGCAGAUAUUUUGUGCCGACUGUUCAGAGUUUUGGGCACCACUACCUGAUGCAAAACUUUUCAAUCCCGUGAGAUUGUGUGGACCUUGUUACCAUGCCGUUACUACGAGAAUACAGCAACAGAGCCGUUCGGUUAUUACAACCAAUAUGCCAAAUUAUACAACCACAACCACCAGCACCUCUGCAAAUACUACAUCGGCAACUAAUGUCUACGCGCCUAGCGGUGGAGCCUCAAAGAACUUGUCCAAUAUUGUGGUGCCUACAGUUACCAGCACAGCGCCUGCAAUCCCAGUUACAGUCGCGACUACAACUACACCUGCAUCAAGUACGUUGAUUAUGACAGCGCCUCCAAUACCUAUAACAGCGGCUGCUAUGCUACAACAGCAGCAGCAACAAAGACAAACUGCAGCAGUGGCGGCUAGCGCUACUGUAGCCGCUGCAGCCGCAGCUACAAGCACACAAAUCGAAAGUAACAGCAUGUCGCACAUGUUGAUGGCGGCGAACAAAAAUAUUGCAGCCAGUGUUGCAAAUUAAUAUUUGCCUUGCAGUCGCAUUGCAUGAUGAGCAAGUAAAAAUCAUUUUGUUUCAUUUCGUAGCAGAAAUUAAAUUUUAAUGAGCAUUCUUAUAAGAGACCUCUAACAUGCUGUUAAUUACGAGUGUAGCAGCUUAACAGCAGAUGCUGUUACACAUUAGUAACAUUUGGAAAACGAACGCGAGAGAGACUGUGCUGCCAGACUGUCGGCAACGUUGUUGCCAUCGUGCCUAGACAAGUGUGGAUUUUAUUGCUUAACGCGUGCUUGUAUUUUAAAUUCUCAACUUUUUUUCUUUCUUAUCUUACACUUUAGUUAUUUGCAUUUUCUUUGCUAACUGUGAAGAAAAUUGAAAUGCGUGACAACUAUCAAGCAGUUGUAUGUAUUUCCAUUUUGGUAAUUUUGAAAACGAAAUUUAACAUAAAAAAACUCAGUUUACAUAACUGUAUUGUGUUAAAUAAUUAUUGAAGUUAAAAUAAUGUUAACGCAAUAAGUUUUUCUGAAAAAAGUCUAGGUAGUAAAUUACAAAUCCUUCGGUAUGUGUAUGUUUAUACAUACAUUUCUGCAGAAAUGUUAAUUUGGAGAGCAAAAUUAGUAAAAAUUAGACACUUUGCUUUAUAUUGUAUAUGUAUGCAUAACUUUAUAAAUUUACAUAUGUAAAUUGUUCGUAAAAUGUUUAAGACAAAAUUGAUUUAUGCUGUUCAAAACGAAAUUAAAAGCGAAUUUGUUAAAAAAAAUAGCAAAUAAAAUUGAAAGAACAUUAAAAAAGACUUUUUCUUGUUUUUUUAUAAUCAUAUAUUUCGUUUAACUUCAAAAAAUAAUUAAAGAUUAUUAUACUUAAAUAAGUAUAAGUUAAAAGAAUAUAAAUGUCCAUGUAAAAGAGACUAAUAACGUGUAUAUCAAUAUUUCCUCCCAGUAUGUAUGUUUUAUGUUCACUUAAAUUCUUCUUACAAAGUAAUCUAUUGGAAAAAUGGCAUAAAAAAGUAUUUCUAAAUUUUUGUUUUGCAAUUUUUUUUUUCCUUUUAACACAACCAAAGCCUACCACAACAAAAUGGCAUGGAGCAUAAAAAUAAAAAUAAAAAU